CUAUCAAGUAUCUAGAACAGCACCAGUUUUCUAUUUUCAAAUGACAAUUUCUUUCAGAAUGACCAAAACUGUGGUGGUUAAGUCGAUAUCGUGCAGUGGUGAAGAAUCCGAGACAGUAGUCUUUAACUUGAUGAAUCAAAGGAGGGCUAUGCCUAUGACGCUAGAAAUUGAUGUUUCUUUUUCUCUGAGGAUGAAUUGUGGGGAUCUUGCCAGGCAAACUACUUCCUCGCCUGGAUUUUUCAAUGGCAGCAAGAAGAAGAGAGUAAUGUGGAGGAGGCUGAAGUUGAAAAGAGAUUUUGAAGUGAAUAAUGCUAAGUUGAAAAGGUGAUAAAAUAGUCAGUUGAUGACUACAAAUGCAGUGGCUUGUUUAGAUCAAUUUAAGAUGAUUUUGAAGGGUAAUUGUGGGAAUUUACUAAAUUAGUCUUCUAAAUUUCAUUGGUAGAGUUUUGAAUUGAAUAAUACUAUUUGCAUUCACAUACUAUUGCAGCCGUCUUACGUAGCAUAUAUGUGAUGGUUAGUGAUUUGAUAUAUGAGGUAAGAAAAAAAUUACCACAUUAAUAAAUCAAAUCACAAACUGUAAUUUAGGAUGUCACAUAGGGCGACUAUCGGAGUGAGCGACUAUGAAUAUGAUUACUUUUUUGAAGUGUAUUAAAGAGAAUUUCCUUUGAUUUUAGCUUUUAGACGGGGAUCAUUUGUCCUAUUUAUAGGCAUUACAACAAGUAUGUUGACCGUCUAAUGUCACAUCAGCUAUAGUGUCGACCUUAAAGUAUAUGUCAUUGCCCAAAUUUGAGAAUUUUGAUUGGUUGUUGAGGUCGGUCAUGCAUGUCAUCAUGCUACCUAGGUUGUAGCUGUGGCCUUGGUCAUGAUUACCUGUUACCUAGGUAAUUAUUAUUAUUUUUUUGAUUGGUAGAAGAUGAGAUGUUGAUGCCAUGUGUCACUUGUUGCUUUGGGAGUCAUUUGGGAGAUAUGUGUUCAUGAUUGCAAUGAUGAUGUUUUUGGAUGAUGCCGCAAUAGACUGAGCUGAGUGAUUUCCUAGUCCAUCCUUUUUUGCGAUAGUUAGCUUCUUUUUUACAUCCAAUUCAUCAUUGUCAUGUGCCAUUUAAUACACCUCAUUCAUGAAACUACUUAUGAUUGACCAACUUCCAAAAAGGAAUCUUACGAUUCCGAGUUGAGAAAUGAAGGUUCGAACUUUACGAAGAGUAAACGUCUAGAUCUUAGAGAAUAUUUGUAGGUGUUUGCACUCACGACCACCUCUAACCCACUACAAAUUAAGGAGAGCUAAAAAAGAUGCUAUCUCAAAGAAGAUGGACUAGGAGAUCGUCAGGGUAGCUCGACGUUGUCGCCUUCAUCCAAAAAUAUUAUCAUUGCAAUUCUAAAUACAUGUCUCCCAAAUAACGUCAUCACCACGGACGACCACUUCCAAAGCGACAGCAUCAACACCUCAUCCUCCACCAAUCAGAGACAAGCAAUGAUUAUCUAGAUGACAUUUAAUCAUGACUUAGGCACAAAUAUGAAUUAGUUAGUAUGAUGGUCUUCAUGACCAACCUCAGCAGUUGAUCAGAAUUUUCAAAUCUGGACAGUGGCACACACUUCUAGGUCGGCACUGUAAUUGAUGUGAUAUUAGGUGAUCAAUUUGCUUAUUGUAAGGCUUAUAAAUAGGACAAAUGGUCUCCUCCUAAAGGCCGAGAUUAAGGGAAUUAUCUCUAAUACACAUCAAAAUCUAUGUCAAUAAAAUUAGCUACUAUUUAGUAACUCCUGCAAUUAUUCUAAAAAGCGUCUUAAGUCGAUCUGAAUUUUCUACGUCAUUUUUAGUCAUCAACAUGGGCAAUUGAUAGUGCCAGGCUUCACCCUUCUCCUUCUCCUGCUCCAGAAGAUGAAGACGAAGAUGAAAGCAGUGAAGAAUAAGAUGACAUUGUUAAGGGUGAUAGCUAGGAUUAUCGAAAAAAGGGUAAAAGGAAAUGAUUAGUGCUUGCAAAAGGCAUAUCAAAUUAUGCCAUUAUGUUAUUUUCAAUAUUAGAUUAUAGAAGUAACUAUAUAAUUAAUUGUUAUCACGGAUGGUUUGUCAUGAUUUCUUAUAGGCAAAAUUAUUUUGAUGAUGUAAUUAAUGGACAUAGAUUCUGUGAUUCUGCUCUGUUGCGGCACUCGUUUGAUGCCUAAAUUUAGUUUAGCUAAGAGAUAAAUCUAACAGAGAUUAGAGGGAGUGUUGCUAGGUAAGGGAACGAUCGUUCUUCAAUUGUAGAGCAAGCAGCCUUUCACAUCCUCUUUCAGAAAAUGUUUCGGAUUAGAAAAUCAUAUUAUUUUUUCUCAAUUCAGCCCUAAAUCCACAGUUGCAUAUUUAAUACGCAAUGCACUGCCAAGUCCUCUACUUCAUGAUGGUGGCACGAAUGAUUGAUGAUUAGGUUUCUGCUCGAAUGAUGGAUAAACGAAAAAGGAUUCAUAUGCACAUGUCAUUGUACAUUGGUGUCUGUAAAACUGACAAUUGAUUUGUUAUUCUGUUUGACCUGUUUCGGUUGUUAUUGAUGUCAUGUGAUGAUGGCUUUUGUUUCUUAGAUAAAAAGUUGAGACCUUUUCUUCUAGGAUACACAUCACGUUGAUUUUCAGACAAUGAAAUUGUACUACCAUAGGCUAAUGCUACUUUCCCUCAUCUUUUGUUCAUAUACUGAAUCUAUUAUCAGACAUUGUGUAGUAUCAAGCAGGGUUUUGUGUUUGCAAAAAGAAGGGAGAAACAUUGGUUAAGGAAUUCUCUCCAGUUCCAUUUCUCAAGUCUUAGUUACUUAAAAGUGUAUAUCAACCGUGAUGGAAUAGCGCGUACUAAAUCAUUUCCAGAAUUAGUUUACGUCAUAAGGUAUGGCAGAAUGGCUUCUCGGAAUUGGCAGAAGAAAAAUAUAUAUAAGAUUUGAAUGUUUCAAGUUCUGAAUUAAUCAUAUAAAUGUCAAUAAUUCAUAUUUUAUUCCCUUUCUUUUUGAUUGCCAUUGAUUCCACAAUUUAUUUGCAUAACAGUGUACCUUUCUUCUCUUUCCUCGCUCUCGUGCAAUUGGUAUCCGAUCAAUAUCUUUGUAUAAGUUCUAACUUUCCCGGAAUGUCUAUCAAGAAUUCACUUGUGUUUCUUUUCUUGAUCAUCAAGUUGCAUGCGUUUAGAUUGUACAUGAUCAAACUU